CUCACUUCUCAUCUCUCGGUCCAUUCAAUUCUCCACUGACCAACCAAGGAGCGGUAACACAUCAUACAAUGUCCGCUGCUAAGUGUUUGGUGUCUCUGAUGGUGGUGCUGGUGGCUGCAGUGUGUGUGGUUCAUACCCAGGAGAGGAUUAAGAUGUGUGGGAGAGAGCUGAUACGUCUGGCCGUCUCAUCCUGUGGUAACUCUCGGCUAAGGAGAAGCAUCCCGGACGUGGAACUGGGGCAGCAUCGAUACAUUUCUCACUGGGAACAGGACGCCUCCACAGAAGAGCACCUGGCUACAGAGACGGUCCACACUGCUCCAGAGUCUGACGGGAAGAAGGAUGUCUUCUCCUUGGCUCCUCACUGGUACUCUCAGUCAUCUCGGAUUAGACGAGCUGCUGGAAAAAUAUCUGACAUUUGCUGCGAGAAAGGAUGCAGUAUAAAAGAGUUGAUCCAGUUUUGCUAGAUAUAGCUUGCCAAAUGAUAAAAUGUUGUCUUAAAAUCUGUGCCAAAGGGGCCAUUACCAAGUUGCCUGAUCCUGAAGGAUCAUUGCUAUAUUUCCAAUGAUUUAGCAUUCUGGCAAACAAAGAUUCAAUCAGUGACUAUAGAUAAUCGAUCAUAUUUAAAAAAUGAUUCACUAUGCUAUACUGCAGGACAAACGAUAAAAUCAUAAUGUACACAAGUUUUAUUUUGUAUUACUUUAAUUUAUUCUGUCUGUAUUAUUGUAGAAAAAGUUUGUAUUGCAUUUGCAACCCUGAAACUAUGCUGCAAUAAAGCUUUUGAUGAUUA